CCACUGGAGGGCGGUGUCGAAUCACUAAAAACAUAAACAAACAAGAAGAAGAACAUUUGAGAGUUUGGUAACCAGGCGAGCCGCGGGGCAUCGAGCCUCCUCCAGCUACUGCAGGGCGGCAUGGCUUCUUGGGGGUCGGUGCUGAUCACCGGCUGCAGCAGGGGCAUCGGCCUGCAGCUCGUCAAGCAGCUGUCUGAGAGCAGCAGCAGGCCGGCUGACAUCAUCGCCACGGCCCGGAACCCGGCCGCCUCCGCGGCUCUACUAGAACUCUCCAGAACCCGCUCAGGUGUUCACGUCAUCACACUGGAUGUUUGCAGUGAACAGAGCAUCAGCUCAGCCCUGGGAGAGGUUCAGUCUAUUGUGGGAAACCAAGGACUCAACUGUCUGAUCAACAACGCUGCUGUUGGAUCCUCCAGUAGUCUCCAGAGUGUGACCCGGGAAACCAUGAUGAGAACUUUCGAGGUCAACACUGUUGCCCCGCUCUUCGUUACAAAGGCGUUUCUGCCACUGCUGCAGAUCGCUGCAGCCCGCUCUGCUGGGAUGGGGGUCCACAGAGCCGCUGUCAUCAACAUCUCCUCCAUCCUCGGUUCAAUCUCGAACUGUGGAGACAGCACCACCUUCAGAAACUACGCCUAUGGAACCUCCAAGGCAGCUUUAAACAUGGUGAGCCGGUGUCUGGCUGCAGAUCUGGGACCUCUGGGGAUCCUGUGUGUGUCUCUACAUCCUGGCUGGGUGAAGACGGACAUGGGGGGGCCUCGUGCCGACUUAACCGUAGAAGAAAGUGUGUCUGGAAUUCUAUCUACCCUCUCCAGUUUCACGGAGCAGGACCAUGGCGGUUUUAAGGACUACCGUGGACAGACGUUACCGUGGUAAAAUUCAACAUGGGACAUUGAUGAUGAUGGUAUCCAACUAAUAAGCCUGAGUCUUGGAAUGUUUCUGAAAAAGGGUAGCACAAUAAAUCUAAAUUGGUAAGAUUUGUAAA